AGGGAUCAGCUGGGCCGCCAUACCUGGUACUUCCUGCACUCUGUGGGGGUGACUUACCCUGAGUAUCCUACCCCGGCCGAUGAGCAGGCUGUUCGCUUCCUUGUCGCUGCUCUUGGCCAGCUGUUUCCUUGCAAGUCGUGCAGGAGGCACCUUCAGAGGACUCUGAGCACCAACGUUACCCUGGGACCAGUGCCAACUGCCAGCAGGGAAGAGCUCUCGCGGUGGCUCUGCCAGCUACACAACAUUGUGAACAUCAAGACGGGAAAAGCUGAAUUCCUAUGC